AUGACUCAAACCAAAGACACCAAAGAAACCAUCCGAAUCGGAGCAGUCCAAGCGGAAUCAGCUUGGCUUGACCUUCAAGCGGGUGUCGAUAAAACUUGCGCCAUUAUCAAAGAGGCCGGCGAGAAGGGAGUGGAAAUCCUGGGUUUCCCUGAGGUCUUCAUUCCUGGAUUCCCCUUCCAGAUUUACACUUCCACGCCAGACCAAGAUUUUGUCCUUGAUUACCAAAAGAAUUCAAUGGUUGUUGGUUCACCGGAGUAUAACCAAAUUCGAAGAGCUGUCAGAGAUGCUGGUAUCUGGGCGGUUGUGGGCUUCUCCGAGAGAGUAGGCUCCACACUCUACCUGGCCCAGUCUUUCAACAACCCCAAAGGCGAUGUAGUACAUCAUAGAAGAAAGCUCAAGCCCACUCACGUUGAGCGAUACCUGUAUGGUGAUGGUCAAGCGGAAGACACCAAAACUUGCGUUACCACCGAGAAAGAUAUCACAAUUGGAGGUCUCAACUGUUGGGAACAUUUCCAACCACUCCUCAAGUACCAUCAUUAUAAUCAAGGUGUCCAAGUCCACGUUGCUUCCUGGCCAUAUCUGGCCCCUACUGGACCUGGAGUUCCCAUGUCAACUAGUGCUGAGGUCUCAGGAGAUGUCAUCACUCGAACCCUUGCCGUCGAGGGUGGCUGUUUUGCCAUGGUCUGUUCAGCUACUAUCUCGAUAGAAGGUUCAAUCAAAAUGAAGGUCCCUACUACCCUGGGAGGUCCUACCGCCACUCCUAUUGAAGGAGGGGGAUUUGCAGCUAUCUACUCCCCAAACGGUACUAUCCUUGCCAAAUCAAAGGACCAAUCCUCAGAAGAGAUUGUGAUUGCCGAUGUCGAUCUCGAUGACAUUCACAGACAUGAACAAAGGCAGAUUGUAUCGGGCAUUAAUGAGCUAAUCUUUCAUGUCACUAGACAGUGCACGACUGUUAAGGCUAAUGACAGCUAUACUGGCUCCCGACCUGAUCUGUUCUCACUCAACGUCACCAAUACAGCUAUGCCAAGGGUCAAGUAUUCUGACGGAAGUCACAUUCCUUCAGUAGCCGCAAGACAAUUGCCCUUGGAAGACUGA